AUGGAAGAUGGACUAUCGUGGAGUUCAUAUCUUUGUGGUCAGUUUGAAAGCAGCUGUAAAGUAUUUUGGGAGGACGUAUCCAAACUACCUCUCAAUGACAAGGCAUCGUCGAUAAUCAAAUCUGCCCGUGCACAAUUACUUAUCAUAUCACCACAGUAUAUCGAACUUUACGAUGAGUAUAUUCACAAUUUAUUGAUAAACCCAAUUGGGUUUCUCUGUGGUGUGGAAGUGGACUCGGUUGACUACACUGAAUUUGUGAAGAGAAAUCCAGUAUUUACAGAAUGGAUGUUGGUUUCUGCAACAGAUGAUAUAGAGAAAAUAGCAUCUGUGGUGUUUCAGGCAAUAGAAAUGGCUACCCCACCAGACGACAUGUAUGUAAGAGUUGACAGGCCAGCACGGAAGUCAACAAAGAAAAGCAAAUACCCUAGGGAUAUUGCUAAAAAACUAAAUAAAGACAAGAUGGUUAUCCAACCUUCCAAAGCUUUGUGUGGCGAAGCUGCUACAUUAGUUGUUAUUUUAAAAGCAGCCCUUCUCACAGACACCACUACAAAAUACACAGUCAAGUUCAAAAGUGCAACAAAAGAAAUCGAUAUGGAAGCAACAAGACUAAAUGAAUUUACUUUAACUGUGCAAGUCCCACAAGAUUUUCCACCAGGAAGUGCCAUAGCUACAGUUACAAAACCAGGUGUUCUCAGCAGUCUUGGAGAAUGUCGCUUCAAAUUUGAGGAUAAACUAAAACACAUCAGUGACUACAUUUUGGAUACACUCAAUCCAAUUGAUUUUCUAUGCCAAGCGAUGGAAAUAUCACCAAGUGACGUGGUUGUGCUAGAUAACAUUUUGACAUCAAACUACAAAAAGAGCAUGCCAUGGGAAGGACUGGAUAAAAUGGGCUCAAUAGUACAUGAAAUGCAAGCAGUGGCCAAGACCAGAGAGACUCCAACACUUAUACAUUUUGCUGCCAAGUUUGGUCUUCGGGAGUUGUGUGCCCUCUUGAUCAAUUCUCCUGGUGCUAUAUUAGCAUAUGAGAUAGAGAAUUGUAAUGGCGACUACCCGCAUGAUCUCGCCAGUCAAUCUGGCUAUGAAGAUCUUGCAGUAUUUCUCUCAAGUUUUGUGGUGAGUACUGACAACUUCCUGGCACUCCAAAGACAGCUUGAAAUCCAAGGAUUAUAUGAUGUACCAUUUGGUGUUGCAAUUCCUGCUGAUCCACUAUUUGAUUGUAAAAGAAAUGAACUUGAAAAACUGAUAAAUGGUGAGGAGACGGACAUAGAAAAUAUUUACGAUACACUACCAGGAUUAAGUGAUGAUAUAUAUGACUCGGUGGAAGAUGAAGAUCGUGCAACUCCAGCUCCGUUUGACUUAGCUUCAAGAUAUUCAUUUCGUAGACCUGUAAUGUCAACAGGUCCAGGUAAAACCAUAGAAGAUCCAUCUGAGAUAUACAGCGCUGCACAGAAAGAGCUUAUUAACAUACAGAAACAGGUGAAGGAUAAAAUGAUAUCGAUUGAUGAUGCAGUAAGAAUAUUUGAAGCUUUCAAGUUACAUGAAAAGGACCAGUUUUAUUCGUACAAGACACAGACAGAAUUCAUCUAUGCUGCAAGAGACAGUUUAAGCAAGAACAAAGAGAAACUACAAUCUCAGCAGCAGCAGCAGCCUAGCAGAGCACCUGCUGCUCCACCUGAUAUUCCCCCAAGAGGAGUGUCAGAGGAACAGGAACGAUGGAAUAAAUUGUAUCGCAAGAUGACAGUCAAGGUUGAUAAGGGUGCCAGGAAGAAGAAAGCGAUAAGACGAGGAUCUGAGGAGUUUUCACGUGGUAUUCAACGUCACGGACGUGACGGAAGUAAUAGCAGUACAGCAAGUAUUUGUGAGGAAGCCGGUAAACACUGUGAACUAAUGUACGAUGAUGUUGAAAAUUGUAACAAACAUCCAGAUAACCAGCGAAUGCAAGCAGGACCAGGUAUACUAGGAGAAUGGUACGACGCAUGCGUCGCUUACUACAAAGUUCCUGAACGCCUCCCAGUAUUUGACUUUUCUGAUCCAUUCAUAAAAUACAGCGCAAACACGGCACAAAUGUAUGUACUGGAAGGAAAUCCACUAAACUUCCAGCCCGAGAAUCCGUUCGGCAGAAAAAUAGGAUUUUUGAGCGGUUUUGCCGCGGACGAAGAGUGUAUUGUGAAACAUACUCCUGAGAAGGACUCCAUCUUGCCAGGCCAUAAAUUCUACGCAUCAAGCGCGUUUGAGUUAGCCGAGAUGCUGCGAAAUAAAGAGAUUGAUGCGGCUUUUCUGUUUACUGACAUCGAAGAGUUUCCCGAUAUAAAACCUGUUGGCCAGAAUUUCAUUUGCAGUGACACUGACACGUACUUGGUCAUGCGUAAAGGGAGUCCUCUACGUCAAUGGUGGAAUAAAGCAUUUGCGCGUGUUGUUGAAGAGGGUAAAUAUUAUGGAGUUUGCUUCAAGGCCGAGAGAAAAUAUGGUGAGUUUAUCUUCCCAGUUACAUCACUCACAUAA